UUCAUCGCAACAAUAGGUACCAGAGUAACAUAAAAUGUCAAGAGUUCUGUUACUCGUAGUACUAGCAGUACAAUCUUUUGUUUUUACCGAAUUGGCUUCGGUGAGCAAAACUGGCAGCGAUGUAAAAGAGACUGAUAGGGAUGAUUAUAAAAAUAUGACCUCUACAGGACUUACUACCGUAUUCACAGAGUCACGGAGUAGCGAAACUGAACUGGAUCAAGCUAUGAACGAAUGUAACGAGACAUUCCGUGUCGAAAUGUCCUAUUUGGAGUCACUCAACGAGAGUGGCAGCUUCCCUGAUGAAACUGAUAGGACACCGAAAUGCUACGUACGGUGUGUGCUUGAAAAGACUGGAGUUGCAUCAGAGGAUGGCAAUUAUGAUCCAGCUAGAACGGCAGUAAUUUUCGCAGGAAAAAGAGCCGGGAGACCUAUGAAUGAUAUCGAGGAAAUCGCAACAGGAUGCGCAAAUCGCAAAGAAUCCUGUAAGUGCGAAAGGGCAUACCAAUACAUAAAGUGCAUGAUGGAAACUGAGAUUCGAAAAUAUGAAUAAAAUUCGUAUCUCCCUGUGCUCUCAAAUAGACGACGUGGCAAUAUAGAUAUAUAGGUACAUAAUAUAUUAUUAAUACAAAAGCAUAUGACUUAUAUUACAUGUGUACAUAAUCAAAAACUGUCUAUUCUGUCUAUUAUGAAUAAAACGUAGUAAGAGAGGAACAA